AUGAGUCGCGACAACUCCAUCGUGAUCGAAGUCGAAGUAGCAGACUCAACAGAAGUGACGUGGCCACAUGCGCUAAACUCUCCACCGUUUGACAAAGAACUCUUCGGUGACGGCGAGAAGGCUAAGAAUACGCUACCAGACGGGUUCCCAUGCUCCUUUGAGUGUGGGGCCGAGGGCGAGUACGCCAUACAGAAUCAAGGAGUCACCAAUGACUCUCCAACCGAUAGCAGUGGCUCCGACGAAGGCCUCGUCAUGCAAACGGAGGGUAGAGAAGAGAUCAAAACUAGCGUUAAUAUCACCUCGGAAUCUGCUGCUACUGCCAACAUUAGCGUCGAUAUUGAUGUUGAAUCCCCUCCUGAAGUUUUCACAAAGCUCAAGAGUGCUAUUGUACUCACUCCUUGCUUUAUCAUUGGCAGCAACAGCGAUUCCAGCAGUUCAAGCAGUAGCAAUGACGACUUGGCGUUACCCAGUCUUCCCGAACAACCCAGAUCUCAGCCGGUGGAUAUUCCCAAACUUGCACUCCAAGACAUCAAAAAAGAGACGGGGGCCAUGGACACUCCCGGAGUUGCCCACGCUGCCAUUAGUCCAGACUUGCUCUUCCCCACCGAUUCCGAUGAAGGCAACGAUGCUGACACUGAGCUUACGCCGAGCAGCUCCUCAUCACCCCCAUCAAUGCUAUCAAUGCCCAUGAGAGAAACCGAAACAACAAAUGAGAAACCCACAGUGAACGAGGCGCUGGCUGCCGCCGACCCAUCUUCGUCCUCGUCUAUCUCCUCUCGUGGUGAAGACACACCCUCCACAGGGAGCAGCGACAGCAUCGAUUUCGAGAUCCACAGCAGCAGCGAUAUCAGAUUGGCUAUGGAACUUGACAAAGAGAAGGCCAGGGCCGGGGAAGUAAUCAACACCCUAGAGAGUGAUGAUUAG